AGGCAACCAGAUAAUAAUCCAUUGUGCCUAAUUAGAAUUAAAAUUGCCCAAAAAUCCAUUUUAACAGCCAUCACAUGAAUUAAUUAACUUAUUUUAUUCGUUAAUCCAGAACAAAAAAGGCAUGAAGUCACGACUCGUUCCCAUUUUUUUUCGUCGUCCAUUGUUCCAAUUCACUCAAAUUUUCCAUUAAAAGGGCACCGCCGACAGUUGGUCAGAAUCAGUCGGUCAAUAGAUUUUGAGUACAAACGAGGAUCAACUCGACAGUCGACAACCAAGUCAUUCACCUGGACAGGCCAAAUUUGUGAAGUUUCUAAACUAAAAUGUUGAUAUUUGUGAAGUUGUUCUUAUUGAGUUGCUGUGCAUCAGUUGCCUAUAGCGGAGGAUUUUCCCAUUGUGAGCCAUUUUUCACCAAUUACCAUGAAUUCCUGCAAAAUUUCUUGCAAAGUGUCGAACAGCGGAAGCAGGCAAUAAUAAGUGACGUCCAAAACUUCAGUUUCUAUGAAAAUGCAUCAGUUGUCGAAGCUCAACUUACAUCCGACAAUUAUUACACAUUUUUCAUAAAUGUCACAGCACAGCUGUCAGAAUUAACAACUGAGACUGUUGAAGGUGUUCUUAAUGGAACGAUAACGGCAGUGCCUGAUCCAUUAGGAUGUGUUGAUGGUUCAUUUGAUAUUGUUGAUCAAGUGCUGCAUGAUUUAAGGAAUAAAGUAUUAAAUGUUGGAAUUGAACUUAGUUCUUCAUCGUCGCCUUCACCGUCACCAAGCACAAACUGCACAGAUGCAAGUGAAUUAUUCCCAUUGUACUCAUCACAGUUGCAACAAAUCCUGAAUAAACGCAACCAAUUGAAUGAAUUGGAUGCACAAAACUUUGCGAAAUUCCAAAGCAGUAUUAUUGCAUUAAACAUUGCUCAAAAUGAGAAUCAAUUCUUGUACAUGGUUACAGCGUUAGCUGAUGCUCUUCACAUAGAUGUGGCGUUUGCAAAGGAAAUUGUCAGUGGACAUGUAUUCGAUGGUUAAGUAAAGAAAGUUGUGGAGAAGAGGGGUCGUCACUUAUUACGUGGUAUGGGGAGGGGUAUUGUUGGUUAUUGAUUUACGUAAUAAGUGAAUGGUCCUAAAUGAUUACAAAUAGUAUGGAAAAGCAUUACAAAUAUGAUAUUAUACAUAUUGUAAUUUUAUUAUUAAUUUAAUCUUUAUUAUUGGUGUUAAAUUUGAAAAAAAAAACUAGCAAUUAUAAAUGACAAAAGCUUUAUUAUCUUUGAUAAAAAAUUGAUUAAUUUCAUUUGUU